AUGAUGAAGAAAUUCAUAAAGAAAGAAAUAAAGGAAGAGGAGCCAGAAGAGGAUGCACAUGUUUUUCAAGAAGAGGAUGCACAUGUUCUCGGGGAUGACGAACCGGACGGAGAUAUGCCCGAGUUACCAAAAAUCGCUGCCCGACAGAGAAAACCAAAAUUAGUCAAAAGACGAGGCAAGACGAGGAAGCGGAAGACAAGGAAAACGAAGUCGAAAACCGGGACCACUAAGCGACGGAAAGGCACCAAAAGGCGGCGAAAAACCACAAAAACCACUCGAAAAACCACCGAAACCGGCGUAAAGAUAGGGCGGAUCAAUCGAUUUGGUCGGGAGAAAGAACCAAAGCUGCACAUUCGACAAAAUGAUGAUGUCAUUGUGUUCGACGAGGAGCCUGAAGAACGCAAACCUACAAUCGCGCCACCAGCCCCUCCAAAACCAACACCUCCCAAUAUCCUCGAUUCCAUUCUUUUCGCCCAGGAGAAGUUCAUCGGUGGUGUCGAUCCGAAAAAGGUAGACGUGAAGAAUAAGACGCUCCCGAACGGACGAAGAAGUGUUUGGUUCGUUUUUUUUGUUCGUGUCGUCACGUUAGACUAUUUUCGAAGAAUGAGUGGACAUGAUCGGCCGCCACGACCACCGCCGCAGCAACCGCCACCGCCACCGCCGCCACCAGGACAAUUCUUCAAUCAGGGGCCAAGCAAUAGUUCGUGGCCUAACCGGCGCCCUCAACAGCAUCAUCCAUAUCCACCUCAACAAUGGCAGUGCCCGCAACGUCCGAUGGGACCGGGAUAUGGCCCUCCGAAUGGACCACCACAAGGACCACCACAUGGACCGCCACAUGGACCACCACACGGACAAAAUUUUGGACCACCUCACGGACCGCCACGAGGGCCACCUCAUGGACCACCACACGGACCACCACAUGGACCACCUUACAUGGGCCAACGAGGACCCGGGGACCCACGUAUGCAAGACCCAAGAGGACCACGACCACUAAUGGAAAUGUAUGAUCCGAGCUAUCACCAAGCGUACUAUGAUCAUCAUUCUCAAAUGGCUCAUGCACAUGCUGCAUAUCUUGCUCAUCAACAAGCCCACCCAGACCAACCUGGACCAAGUCACUAUCCACCGUAUGCGCCGCCGCCGCCACCGCCAAGAGCUCCUACUGACGAAGUUCCACCUCCACCGCCUCCUCCACCGCCACGAGGACCACAGGAGGUGUUAGGAGAUGCAUACGGAGGACCGUAUGGUUAUACCCCACCUCCAUGGAAUCCACUGAAAACGUCACCAGGAGAUGGACCGGUUACGCCGCCACCACUGAUCGGUCCGAGGACUCCGCCAAGUCCGUCACCGCCGCCGAGGAUUGGUCCGAGAACUCCACCGGGUCCAUCACCACAAACGUCGCCAGAAUAUAUUGGACCAACUUAUGAGUCACCCCCAACACAUGAUUCGCCACCGCAGAAAGAUGAGCGUGAAUCAAGGAAAAAAGAACGUCGAGCUAUGCGAUCGAAUCGUCAUCUGGACGGUAAUCGAGCGGUUCCCUACAAUAUUGACGAAGUCUUGCAAGGACCAGGAGAGAACAACACAACGUGGGGAGUCAUCGAGUACGGAAAAUAUGCGGAACAUCUGGUCAAUAUACAGUUCAGAAAAAUACAGUUAACUCGAGAGAGUCACAAACAUGUUCUCCGCCAAGUGGCAUCUGCUGCAAAACACUUCCGCUUCAACAACUAUGAAAUUCGCGCUCAUCUGAUGGCUGGCCUCCGCUUUUAUACAAAUCGGGAGAGCAGAAACGGUCAACGACAGUUCAUCAUUCCUCUUACUGAACGCCCAGCCACACCUUUUCUAUGGCUGAUUGAAAACCGUAUCAGCAGCAUGCCACCAUCUCCUGUCUAUGAGCCUUCAGCUGCGGAAAGAGAAAAUAAUUUUCCCCCCACCAGUCCUACCUAUGCCCCAGUGUCUCCUCUCCGUGGAUUCGGCCCCGCUUCAUUCAUGGAAUGGGAGGAGCGACUCAUUCUAUCCGAGUUCGCAACUAUUGGAAGACACUUUGGACAAACUGAAACGGAAUGUCCGGCUGUCUACGAAGAAGACGGAGAGCUGACGGAAUGGGGAAAAGUGUUGGCUAAAAUUGGAAAAGAACGCCAAAAGACCAGAAUGUUCACGUACUUCCACAUAGAGAGUUAUGAGUGGGAUGAGGGUGAGGACAGAGGAACCUUCGGACAGCCACCACAGCCACCAAAAGCAGAACAGCAAGGGCAAGCACAAGAGCAACCAGGACAAGAGCAACAGGAGCAACAAGAAGAAGGACCGUCACAACCGCCACAGCCAGAAGUUGCUAUUAAAGUUGAAGUCGACGAAUCCAUUCCGGUAGCCGGUGACGAGGCUGAGCAGCUUGAGCUUCAACCAGGACCAUCGAAUGCACCGAUUAAAGCAGAACCGAAGGAUGAUGUUGGAGAGUCAAGUGGCAGAGCUGGUGAAGAAUCUACGGUGAAGAGGUUGUCGAGGGAAGAGUUGAUCAACAAAUGGUCGGAUAAUCAUGAUGCGAGAGAUGAUCCUGGUGCAGGACCAUCGAAUCAAGUCUUUCCUGCAAAUAGAGAUGACGAUGAGGAGGCGAAAAAGGCGAAAAAGAAGAAAAAGAAAAGGAAGUCAAAGAAGAAGAAGAGACGCCGACCGCCAGCUGCCUACGCGGACCCCAAGGAAUCUUCAUUUACGGAAGACAACACUACAUCGUCCUCGCAAUCCACUUCGGGAUCUUCUGAAAGUUCUUCUUCUAGCUCAUCUGGAGCAUCGACACCAGUUGAGCGUCAACAGGAACAGGAACCCAACGCUGCUCCCAAAAUUGAGGAGAUUCCGAGAGGAGAUCGAUCGCCUAGACCAGCCGAAAGGAGAGCAGAGAGACAACAAGGGUCACCGAGACCCAAUCGUAUCAACUCACCUCCGCCGGUGUCUCCAAAUCGUCGUGGUGCUCGUGAAUCCUCCCGGUCUUCUCAACGACCACAGCGCCAGGUCUCGAAUCGUCCAAUCAAAGCGCGCGAGACAUCUCAUUUCCCAUCAAUCGGACAGAAUAAUCCGACUGGUUGCAAUUUUUUCGCGGAAAGACAGAUGGAAAUUCAGAUGCACCUUGAACGGAUCGAACGAGAAAAGAUUGAGAAAGGGAAUCGUGGAAAAGGCGGCCGAAAAAAUAUGCGAAUUCCUUUCGAUCAAAACCCAGGCAGAGGAUUCCAAGAUGGUAACGACAAUGGUUUUCGAGGCGGACGUCGAGGACGAAAACGUUCUCGCUCGCGCACUCCGCCACGACAUCAGUUCAAUCGGCAUAACAGUCCACGUGGCAGACGUCACUCCCCGAACAGAUUCAUUGCUCCUCCAGAAAGGAACCGAAACCGUCGUGAUGAUCAUCAUCGUGGAUUCAAUGGAAAUAAUCAGAGAGGAAAUGAUCGUUUCUUCCCUCAUGGUGGCAAUCAUGGUCGCAGAAAUAGUCCAGUGGGCGGUCCGCCACGAGACAUCCAUGAUGGACACCGACGGCAUAACAAUGUGCGAGAUGUUCCGUUGAGCGACAGAAUCGCAUGGCCUAAUAAUGAACAGCACGAUCGUCGUGCCGACCACCCAGAGCGUCGUGACCGCCCUGACCGUAUUAGACAAGCUGAUGGCAGAUGA